CCCCUUCCUCCUCGCCGCCCGCGGCGACCUCACCGAGAAAGAGAAAUCUCGCUCGCGGUCGCGGCCAAACGGCGGGGUCGCCCUCGCCUCUGCCUCCGAUAAAUACACGCGCUCGCUCCCCCUCCUCCCUCGAGCCCAGUCGCGUCGAGUCGACGCUCACUCUCUCUCUCCACGUCCUUCCCUCUCCACAUCCAGCUGCGUAUCCACCAAUCGACAGCGACCUCCUCCUCCACGCGCUCCGCUCCCCCUCCCUCCCUUUCCCUUCCCUUCCCUCUCCCUCCCUCCCUCCUUAGCCGUUAAGCGUCCUCCCCUCCGCACCGCGCGGCGAGGCUCGUCGGCGCCGUCGAGGCCCAGCUGCCCCUCCCUACAGGAAGCGCCCGUCCGACGCCGCGAGCACGCGCGCCUCCUCCGCUCCCGAUCUCUCCACGCGUGCCGGAGAUCGGCCGCGGCGGGCUCCCGAUCCCGCCCGAUCUACCCCCGCGCUCCCGGCCGAGAUGUGGGGCGGCGACUCCAACGCCAAGCAGAUGCUCAAGUCCCGGGGCGGCACGGGCGUCGUCGGGGGGUUACCCGCGGCCGGGGACGAGGAGUCGGACUACUUCCCGCCCACCCCGCGCAAGGACUACUGGUGGUCCACGGGCCUCCUCAAGCUCGUCACCGCCACCGUCAUCUUCAUGGGCGGCGUCGUGCUCGGCCUCUCCGUCAGCGGCAGCGUCGCGCGCUACUACUACAACGCCUCCCACGCCGAGCUCUUCUUCCCGGCCACCACCUACGGCUGCGACCCGCGGGACCGGGACUGCGGCAUGGGCCUCGCCUUCAGGGCCUUCGUCCACCCGCCCCGCCUCGCGCACUCCAUGACCGACGACGAGCUCUUCUGGCGGGCCUCCCUCGUGCCUAGGGCCGAGGAGUUCCCGUUCCAGCGGGUGCCCAAGGUCGCCUUCCUCUUCAUGGCGCGCGGCCCCAUCCCCUUCGCGCCGCUCUGGGACAAGUUCUUCCGCGGACACCAGGGGCUCUACUCCGUCUACGUCCACACCGUGCCGGACUACAAGCUCAAUGUGUCCAAGAGCUCCGCCUUCUACGGCAGACAGAUCCCCAGCGAGGAGGUGUCCUGGGGAUCAAUUACCUUGGUGGACGCUGAGAAGCGCCUGCUGGCCAAUGCCUUGCUGGAUUUCUCGAAUGAGCGCUUCGUGCUGCUCUCAGAGAGCUGCAUUCCCGUGUUCAACUUCCCGACGGUCUACGAGUACCUCAUCAAUUCGGCGCACAGUUUCGUCGAGUCCUACAACAUCGACACCCCUCAGUGUGCUGGCCGGUACAACCGUCGCAUGGCUCCCCACAUCAUGGCAGAUCAAUGGAGGAAAGGGUCAGAGUGGUUUGAGCUUAACCGCGAGCUGGCUGUCCAGAUAGUAGCGGACUACAAGUACUACUCCAUCUUCAGGAAGCACUGCAGGCCAUCCUGUUAUCCAGACGAGCAUUACAUACCGACUUAUCUUCAUCUGUUCCAUGGGCCACUCAACGCCAACAGGACUAUCACAUGGGUUGAUUGGUCAAGAGGAGGCCCGCACCCAGCAAGUUAUGGUGCCACAGACAUCACAGAAGACUUCAUCCAGGCCAUCAGGAAUAAUGGUACGCAGUGCUUUUACAACUCGAAGCCCACCUCUGUCUGCUACCUCUUCGCGAGGAAGUUCGCUCCUAAUGCUUUGCCACGGCUGAUGAACCUCACCUCGACCGUGCUGGACUUCUGAGCCGAUUCUCACCAUGCGGGCGGGCGGGCGUCGUUGUCAGCAUCUCGCUACUGAGGUAUAUCUAUGGAUGCAUGUGCCGGUCGGGAACUAGAGCUUCUAUACCCUGCUAGAUUGGAGUCUGCGACAUGUGUCUCACAAUAGAUGAAUGAUCAGAGGUGGGUUUUGGUGUAUGCGCCUCUCGCGGAUGAUGACGCAGUGUGGGACAGUGAAAACAGCCUUUUCACUCGCCCUGAAGAUGAUCUCCGCGAGUGAUCGACAGAUGGCGCCGCCUACGGAGAUGACGUUUCUUUCACCUCCCAUUCUUUUUUAAUAUAUCAUAGUCAUAUGAUAGAGGAUGUCUUCUCUUCUUCUUCUUCCUCCUCCCUAUCUAUCUCUACUGUAUUGACUCGGUCAGAUACUAAUUUCUGUGAAUAUAACUUAUCCAUCAUUGCUUU